AUGUCCGUGACCACCACCUCAACCGGCACCGCCGCCUCCGCCUCCUCCACCUGCAUCAACAAGCUCUACGACAUCCCCGUCAAAGAUGCCGCCUGCGCCAUGCCCAUGCGCAACAACAACUCCGCCAUCAUGAGCAGCUGCUGUGGCUCCGCCUCCAUCGUCUCCUACGACAGCUGCGACUACUACUGUCUGGCUCAGGACCAGACCGUCGGUACCCUGGCCGAAUGUCUCAUCAAGGCCUCCGAGGCCGGUGAGGUCUGGUGUAACACUAACGCCAACGCUACUGCUACCGGUAGCGUUCCUACCACUGGCGCUGGCACUAUCGUCUCGACUGCUACGGCUACCGGUGGCUCGUCUAGCACUGGGUCCAGCACUUCCAGUGGCUCCACGGCUUCGUCGACUAGUGGUGCUGGUGUGGCGGUUACGAAGAAGAGUGUGGGUGUGUUGGCGCUGUUGUUCUUUGGGUCGACUGCGGGUUUCUUGUUGUAA